CACAUUCGAUUAAUACUUGAGAUUUUUUUUAAAUGGCGCGUUUCUCUGGUUUACACCUUCUCUUCUUCUCCUUCAUCAUAGCUACAGGCACAAUUACCGUCGUAUCCGGCACCGUCUUCACCAUCGUGAACAGUUGCAGUUUCACCGUCUGGCCGGGAAUCCUCACCGGAGACAACGGUGUACAACUCAACGACGGGGGAUUUGAAUUAGCCCCAGGAGCUUCCGUCGAUGUAACCGCACCUCCGGGAUGGUCUGGCCGAAUAUGGGGCCGAACUGGCUGCAACUUCGAUGGCUCCGGCGCGGGAAGAUGCCUCACCGGAGACUGCGGCAACAAACUAAAAUGCGCAGGCGCAGGAGGAGUUCCACCGGUCACACUCGCCGAAUUCACAAUCGGCACUGGUGGCGGGCAGGACAACUACGACGUAAGCCUGGUCGAUGGUUACAACAUCCAGAUGGCACUCACAACGCGUGACGGCUCAGGCGAUUGCCAAAACGGUGGAUGCGAUUCGGACCUGAACGGGAGCUGUCCGAACGACCAACGCGUUAUGGACGGAGCGAACGUUGUGGCGUGUAGGAGCGCAUGCGAGGCAUUUAAAAACCCCGAGUAUUGUUGCACCGGUGCGUUCGAUAAACCGGAGACUUGUCCGCCGACGGAAUUAUCGAAGAUAUUUAAAGCAGCUUGCCCUAGAGCGUAUAGCUACGCUUACGACGACCGUAAUACGAGCCUUUUUACUUGCACCAAUGCUAAUUACUCCAUCGUUUUCUGUCCCAAAGCAUAGAUACAUCCAUUAUCAUUAUCGACUAGUAUUCUAUGUACCGUGUAAUCGCUGAAAGUAAUAAACGCUUCUGCGGGAUGUGAUAAAUUCCGCAGGCUGAUAUUAUAAGAAAUAACUAGAUUUUUACUA